AAAUAAUUCGUUUCUGAAAUAAAUACUAAAAUAAAAUGCUAAUUUAAAUGUAAUACUGUCAAUAUUAUUAGCAGUGACAGUAUUAACAAUAUUGUUAUUAAUACUGUCAAUUUUAUUAACAUGUUUUAAAAUGUAAGUUUAAUUUUUGGUGGCGGUCUGUUUGCUCCUUCGCUACCAUAACCAGCGGUCCUAUAUAGGACUUCAUUUCCCAUCAUUCCCCUCGCAGGUCGGGCGGAGAUCGCUUCCUUGUGAAGAUGGUGGCUCCCUUGUCUCUGCUUCUGAUUGUAGCCGUCACAAUCCGCGCGGCUCUGUACAGAUCCAGCCUAGCGGAGCUGAUCGCAGAGAGGGUGGAGGUGGUGUCUCCGAUCACCGCCUGGAAGCGAGUUAUCGAAGGUUUAGCGCUGCUUGAUCUGGGAGUUUCUCCGUAUUCCGGCGAUGUUUUCCACGAGACUCCCCUCAUCAUUUACCUCUUUCACUUUCUGGUGGAUUAUGCAGAAAUCACGUUCAUGCUGGCGGAUGUGAUCACAGCGGUGGCUCUUUACAUGGCCGUGAAGGACUUUAACAAGCAAGUGUUCAGGAAGCAGAAGUUUUCCGUGGAGGCGGAGCGUUACCCCGCAGACUGCCUGGAGCUCAUCAGGAGCCCCACUGAGAUGUUCUACAUCCCCCUGAAAGUAGCCAUGUUUUACCUGCUGAACCCGUUCACCAUCUUGUCCUGCGUUGCCAAGUCGACGUGCGGCCUGAACAACGCCGUCCUCUCCCUGUUCGUCCUCACAACCAUAAAAGGAAACGUUCUGCUGAGCGCCAUUUUCCUCUGCUUGGCCACCUACCAGUCCAUCUACCCUCUGACCUUGUGCGCCCCGGCCAUGCUGUACCUGAUGCAGCACCAGUACGUCCCGGUGAACCCGCGGCGCGCCGCCUUCUGGUGGUUCCUGGUCCAGUACCUGUUCAUGUACCUGGGCAGUUUGUUCGUCAUCGUCUGCCUGUCCUUCUUCCUGCUCGGCUCCUGGGACUUCCUGCCCUCCGUCUACGGCUUCAUCCUCUCGGUUCCUGACCUGACGCCCAACAUCGGCCUCUUCUGGUAUUUCUUCGCUGAGAUGUUUGAGCAUUUCCGCCUCUUCUUCCUCUGCGUCUUCCAGAUCAACGUCUUCUUCUACACCGUCCCUCUGUGCAUCAAACUGAAGGACCAGCCGGUGUUCCUGAUGUACAUGCAGCUGGCGGUGAUCUCCAUCUUUAAGUCUUACCCCACCGUGGGCGACACGGCGCUCUACCUGGCCUUCCUCCCCGUCUGGAGCCACCUGCACAGAUUCCUCAGGAACAUCUUCCUGGUUUCCUGCGUUCUGCUCGCCUGCUCUGCUCUCUUCCCGGUUCUGUGGCAUCUCUGGAUCUACGCCGGAAGCGCCAACUCCAACUUCUACUACGCCAUCACGCUGCUCUUCAACGUGGCGCAGAUCCUGCUGGUGUCGGAUUAUUUCUACGCCUUCCUGAGGAGGGAGCACCACCUGACGGCCGGGCUCUACCUGAAGAAGAAGGACGGCUCCGAGGCGACGCUGGUGCUGAAAUGAAGCGCGCCCUGCGGCUGCUGCAGAGCAACGAGCUGAUCGAACCUGAUCAAAUCUGAUCAAACCUGAUCAAAUCUGAUCAAACCUCCUCAGACUGGAAUGAGGAGGAAUAAAAACGUUGAUGGUGCAGAACUCUGAGCGACUCGCCGCCGUUUCCGAUGAACAAACUCUGAACUGUUCAGGAGGGAAAGUUUCAUCUGAGAAUAUUUUAUUCAGAACUUUUUCUGUUUAAACAUAAAAUGUAGGAAACGUGUGAAUGUCCAGAGAAAUGGCUCAGCAUCACUUGGUUUUGUCUAUUUUGCUUGAUGACUUUAAAUUUCUUUGUGUUGUGAGCAGAAUGCCAGGAUUAUAUAAAGUUCUAAAGGUUUCAGUUAUUGAUUGGAUCUUUUCUGGGAUGAAAACAACAAAACUUCAUUUUUUGUUUUGCAGAUUAUGGAUCAAGAUAAAAUUGUCCAAGCUGCCAAAACACAAAAUUUAUUUGUGUAUUUUUUUCCCUUUCUUAUAAAAAAUAUUUUAUAACACUUAAAAUAAUACGAAGCUAAAUUAAAGUAACUUUUCAGCAAAAUGUAGGAGCAUUUUUUAAUUAAAUAAUUAUUUGAUUUGCAUUAAACUUUCUGUUUCCACUGUAGAUUAUUAAACUUAUAACAUGGAAAAAUGUCUUAUUAGUCAGAUAAUCUGCAGGUGAAACGAUUAUUUAUUUAAAACAAGUUUUUUAUCUGUUGCUCAGAAGUUUUUGGUAUUUUUUAUUUCAGGUUUUCUCAGAUAUUUGCAGGUUUGGUUUCACACAUUAAAGGCUCAAAUGUUGAAUGUUUCUGUGACACUUUGCUGCUUUAAUUUGACAUUUAAAAAGUUUAAAUUUCAAAACAUUUAAACUUUAUUUUUCUUCUAAAUCUUGAACAUUUUGAUCAGGAACUUUAUGCUGUCGAGUUUCUUCUGGUUUUUUUUAAUUAAUGGCUGAAAUUCUCCAUAAAGUUUUAAUGAACUUAUAACCAGUUCUAAGCAUUUAAACAUUUAACCCUUUAUAUGCAUGACGAGCCUAAUUAUGAAUUCCCUCUUAUUGUUUUGUCUUUCAUAAAUACAUAAAUAUGAAAUGCUAAUCUGUAAACUCCCAUCCAGACUGUUGUUAGCUUAGCUUAGCAUGAAGACCAGAGUUUGGAGGAUAUGUUGGUAUUAAUUAAAAUGGUUUUUUGCUCCAUGCUGCCAAAAGUUUUUAUGUAACAAACUGAUCUGAACAUUUUGCUUUAAACUUCUGAUUUUCCUCCAGAAAAGAAAAAAAAAAACUAAAUAUUUUCUACCAGAAAUAUUUGUUUUCUCUCAAACUGCUGAUUCUGUUUCACCGUUUAGUUCAGCUGGUAGAAAGUUUUUCAUGUUCGCCAACAGGAAAUGAUUUGUUACGGUUAUUAUUCUGUCUCAGUUUGAAUCAUUUUCACCAAUCAGUAUUUUGUUUAAAAAUGUAAAGGUUGAUUUAAUUUUACUGAAACAACUUUUAGGAAAUAUUUUCUUCACAUCUUCAGUUGAUGCAAAAAUGCAACAGUUUGGUUUUUAUAUUUUCAUCUGAAUUUAAUCUGAUCUUUAUUGAAAUGUUUAGUUUUUCUGGACAGAAAGUCAUUCUGAGGUUUUUAUAAAGGAAAAAAUCUUAUUUUUAUUUGCUGCACUGAAACUUUACAAAAAGCUUAUUUUAUUCCUGCAGUUUGUUCUAAUAUUUAGUUUAUUAAAACAUUUAAAAUUAUUUUACGGUGUAAUUAAAACCUGAGGUUUUGCUUUUGCUGGUUUUUCUGCUGAAACAGAUUUCAGUUUCUCCAUAAACAUUUAUUUUAUUAUUGCACUAAUUAACAAAAACAUUUUUCUUUGUACUUGAACUGAAUGUUUUAGUUGUGAGACACUAAAAGACGGAUCUAAAAACUAAAUAUUGAUGAAUGGUGAUUCUGAUCCGUUUCCAGUUUCUGCAUCCAGAAAUCGAAUCUGAAUGAAAAAAAUUGUUUUUAUAAUAAAAUAAAAUAUUGAUUCUGA